AUGGUGCCCCAGUGGAAAAGCUUCGCUCUUGGCUUAAGCAGUCUGUUGCUCCAGGUGAGCAAAGUCUCCGGCCAGGACGACCCAGGCCCGUUUGACCCAACGACGGCGACUAUCCCGCCCAUGCUUCGAUUCCAAUGUUCGCAGCUCGUCGUCGAGCGUCUCGACCCGCUAGUCAAUCCUGGGCUAGUACCCUCUCCUCAUGUGCACCAGAUCGUCGGUGGCGAUUCCUUCAAUGCCUCCAUGGACCCAACUACACACGACCUUGUUACAAAGUCUGGUUGUACAUCGUGCACCUUCUCCGAAGACUUUUCCAACUACUGGACAGCCGUGCUUUACUUCCGGGCUCGCAAUGGGACAUACAAACGAGUCCCACAAAAGCCGAGCGAGGGCCUAAAGGGUGUUGGGGGUAUCACAGUCUACUACAUCCCGCCUCUGGGGAAGAACAAGACAACUGCUUUCAAACCGGGAUUUCGCAUGCUCGUUGGCGAUGCCGGCCUCAGGGGUCUUCCGAGGGACAGCACAUACGACCCCAAAGUCUGUCAUAGGUGCAUGCCCAAGAGCGGCGACAACAACAACCUGAACUGCGCUCCGCCCGACAGCGUGACUCUACCCACCAAAUUUUGCGCCGGGGGAAUCCGGAGUGUCAUUACCUUUCCAACAUGCUGGGAUGGUGUCAAUCUAGACAGUGCCGAUCACAAGAGCCACAUCGCUUACCCGGUCAAGGACUCGAUUCCGGAUCAAUUUGACUAUGAUGGUGGACAUUGCCCCGAGAGCCACCCCGUCAAGAUACCACAGGUCAUGUACGAGGUCAUGUGGGAUACGACACCGUUCAAUGACCCAGAUCUAUGGCCGGAAGAUAAGUCGCAGCAGCCUUUUGUCUGGAGCACUGGCGAUGAGCACGGCUACUCUCAGCACGGCGAUUACGUCUUCGGGUGGAAGGAUGACGCUCUGCAGCGUGCUAUGGACAACCGGUGCUUCGGCGACGUCUGCAAGAGCCUGGAGACCCAGGACCCCGGCAAAGCGGCCGAGUGCGUCAAGAGCAGAACCGUCACCGAGGACAUUGAUGGCUGGCUUACUCGGAUCCCCGGAAUGGCGGACUGA